AUGAUAAUUUCCGUAGUUUUUUCGUUUAUCAUUUGCAAUCUCGCAAAGGAGACGAGAGAAAAAAAAAAGAUUUUGGGCGGAGAAUCGACGGCGGUGAGGAGAAUAAAAGCGCUGCCCGGCCCCGGCUCCUCAGUCCAGCUGCCCGUGGAGUUGCCGUGCGGCGGUUCUUCGUUUUUGCUCUUCCCCUGUGUCCGCUCUCCCCAUUUCUCGUGCUCCCUUCGUUUCCAGUGGGGUUUCGGUCGAUUUCCCCGCGUUUUUGGUCGAUUUUCGUGGGAUUUUUGGCGAAAAAAUCGUGGAUUUUUCGCUUUUUUACGUGGAUUUUUUUCAAGAUUUUUCUAUUAUUUUCAGCGGCAUGGCCAAGAAAAAGUCGAGUAGAAAAGCGCCGGCAAAGGCAAAGAUCAUUGUUCCCCUUGACACAGUCUUCAAUUGUCCCUUCUGCAACCACGAGCGUGUCUGUGAAGUCAAACUGUAAGUUGUGUUUUGUUUUUGUGCUCUUCUUGGUUUAGGUCGCAUGAUACUCGGAUGAAAAUUGGAGAAAUUGUGACACGUGGUGGCGUUUUAGGUAGUUCUUGUUGCGAAAUAAUGUAAUUUUGGUUUUGGAAAAGGUUUGGGAGUAGGAUAGGGAAAUUAAGAGAUUGUCUGCGUCGUUUAGGACCUGGAAUUUCCAAACCUGAGGAUCUUAUACCUAAAAUAAUAUAAAUCCAAAAAUUAUGGAAACUUUCUCAACGAUAGAAAUGCGGCGGUUAGGUUUACACUUUAGCUUCCUAAUAAUACCUUGGGAGACAUCUUUUCGUUGGCUUCAAUUGUUUCGACCAGUUUAUUAUAUUGGACUAGAUAUCAAAUGAUAAAAUUUCAAAGUUUUCAUGCUUUUUCGAGAAUUAAAAGGCCGCGAAAGACGUGCUAGAUCUAUAAUACCUAUACCGAAGUUUAGAAUGCUAAAUUGCCCUCGAAGGCUCCAUUUUCAAUUACAUAUUAUCCAUUGCAAUCAAGAUUUUAGGUAUCAAAAAUAUAAAUUCGCUUCUUUUGAGUAAAAUUGUUUGAUUCCAGUGAUCGUCUCCGAAACGUUGGCUUCAUCCAAUGUCGCAUUUGCACCGAGAACUUCCAGACCAACAUCACCUACCUUUCCGAGCCCAUCGACGUAUAUUCGGACUGGAUCGACGCCUGCGAGCAGGCCAACCAGUAA